UUUACUUCCUGCGAGUGAGGAGGCCUUGGCGGAAUCAGUCGUUGCUGUUCUUCCCUUCGAAGAAGAUGGCCUUGGAGACGGUGCCGAAGGACCUGCGGCAUCUGCGGGCUUGUUUGCUGUGUUCGCUGGUCAAGACUAUAGAUCAGUUUGAAUAUGAUGGCUGUGACAAUUGUGAUGCAUACCUACAAAUGAAGGGUAACCGAGAGAUGGUAUAUGAUUGCACCAGCUCUUCCUUUGAUGGAAUCAUCGCAAUGAUGAGUCCAGAGGACAGCUGGGUCUCCAAGUGGCAGCGAGUCAGUAACUUUAAGCCGGGUGUGUAUGCUGUGUCAGUCACUGGUCGUCUGCCCCAAGGAAUCGUUCGGGAGCUGAAGAGUCGAGGCGUGGCCUACAAAUCCAGAGACACAGCUAUAAAGACCUAGCAAGAUGCAGGAUUGCCAGCGUCUUUGUGUCCCACCGCCUGCCUCUGCCUGUUUUUCCUGGUGGAGCUAAACAAGCAGAACUUCCAAUCCCCCCAACCUUCCAACUCUGAGACUCAGCAGACUGUUAAAAGAGCAGCACAGUGGUCCUUGGACCAUUUUACCGUUGGACUCCUGGUGGAGGGAGCAGGGGUUUGGGUUGUUGGAUUAACAGAGACUGAUUGGAGGAGGGAGUAGGAUGCUGGUUUUCCUACCCACAGCCCAGGCCUGCUUCUUUGCCCAUGGGCAGGACUCUGUGAGCCAAAUGCCAAUAAACAUGAGCCCCUAGAAAAGUU